GGGGUCAGAGACUCUGCCAGGUAACCGGCUAAGAUGUGUUAUUGGUGACGGAAGGGUUUGGGCUGAGCCUGACAGAGCAGUCACUUGUAUGUAACUAAGAGGUUAUUGUGCAGGGGUAGUGUGUGAAUGAGGAGAGAGUUGGAAUCAGUGGUGCUAUUCUUGUUACUGAAACUCACAGAUGUACAGAUUGCUCUUCUGCUUACUGACCUUGCCUACAAUACAGGCAGCCUCUGAUGGACACAGUUGGGCAUAUUCUGGUAAUGAGGGUGAGAGCAACUGGCCAAUAAAAUACAGCUUCUGUGGCGGUGUAUACCAGUCACCACUUGAUUUCCACCGUAGCAUACUGCAGUAUGAUUCCACCCUGGAGCCCAUCAGACUGUAUGGAUAUAAUGCUUCCAGCACAGAUUCCUUCACUAUAAUCAACAAUGGCCAUACAGUGUCUGUGAAUCUACUUCUGAGUAUGUAUAUGGAGAUCCCACCUUUCCGCUAUAUAGCUUCAGAACUACACUUUCACUGGGGCAACCUGGCCAGCCCCACUGGGUCAGAACACUGCAUUGGGGGCAAGAGGUUUGCAGCUGAGCUGCAUAUUGUGCAUUAUAACUCGAAAUACGCAGACAUUAAUGUAGCAAUGGAGACUGCAGACGGUCUGGCUGUGCUGGGAAUUCUCAUAGAGAUUGGCUCUUUCAAUCCUACAUAUGACAAAAUCUUUUCUCAGCUGACAAAUAUCAAAUACAAAGGUCAGCAGACUCAGAUUCCAGGGUUUAAUGUCCAAGAUCUUGUUCCUAAGAGCCUGGAUUCAUAUUAUCGCUAUGAAGGUUCUCUUACCACCCCACCAUGCUAUCCCAGCGUCUUAUGGUCUGUGUUCAGGAAUCCUGUUUUCAUUUCAGAGGAGCAGCUGUCUUUCUUAGAGACAGCCCUGUAUUGCACGGAAUGGAACAGUUCUGCGCCCUUAGAGAUGACUGACAACUACAGGCACCUGCAGAAGGAAGGAGGCAGGCUGGUUUCUGUCUCUUUCAGAGAAGGCAUCGUUCUUACAGUUGUAUUGGCUUCUCUUCUCGGGGUUCUAGUCCUCACUGCAGUGACCUGUUGGUUCCUUCGCAAGAGAAAACGGGGCAAGACCACCAAGGCCAUUCUGUACACUGCUGCUGUGCCCAUGGAGGAAAACGCAUCUAAAGUAUGAUAUCCCCAGCUUCUAACAAGAUUUAUAUGAGCACACAUUUUGCUCUGCACAUUGCAAGAUUAUUUUGUUUUUAAAUCAAUUUAAGCAAAUCCCCCCUGCAAUACAUAAUUUGAGCUCCUGAACCCUUAGGGUGGUAACCGAGCAGGAACAAGAACAUUUGGUACCCCAUAUGCGGUUAGUGUUGCAAUGCAGAAAAUGUUUGAGACCUUUACAUAUGUAAAACAACAAAAAUUUUUACUUGAAUAGUCAUUUUAUACUGUAAUGUUCUUGCUAAAUUCUUCUGUGUAAUUUAUCACUGGGUGUAGAUCCCCUCAUACAGUAUGAUGCCAAUCUACAGCACCCAGAGUUCUUGGCUAAUGUGGUUGCGUUAAACAAUGUCUGGAUAGAUUACCUAACUGUUAAUCUACAAAUCAUUCAUGGGUGAUUUGUCAACAUGAUGCCUAAGAUAAGGUUAUCGCCAUUUUUACCUUUUUAUAUCCAUUCUUCAGAAAGCUCCAUGAUUGCCCCCAGUUUAGCAUGUUAUCACGUGUGGACACCUACUUGAACAAGCAUGGGUUAGACUGUAGGUCAUUCUUACAAGAUCUCAUAAUUGACAACGGAAUGACCAAUGCGCCUCUUACGAAGUCGUAUUUUACAGAAUGUUAUAGUUGAUUAUAGAAAAUCACCCUUUUAAUGUGAAGUCUGUGUCGUUUCCUACCGAUUUCUAGUAAGAGUUGUGUUGAUAGUACUCAAUUUUAAAUAAACCCAAGUGUGUGUCUUUUUAAAACCUGAAAGGUAUAGAUUUUUCCGAUGAAUGAGAAUUACUGAACCGACAAGUUGCCCCGUUUAUGUCAGAUCAGCCCUUAAGGGAACAUGCAUCAGUUAUUGAUUUCUCAGAGCUACGGAUUCCAAUGCUGUGACUCUAUUCAGAUUUACACUACUGGAGCAAAAUAUGAAUAGUCAGCAAUUGCAACAAUAUUUUGUAAGGAAAAUGUUGCAAUUUAAAAAAAUUUCACGUAACAUAGAUUUUUCUGCUAUGGAGAAUUGUGUAAUGGUAGAUGACCAUAACUUCAAUCCCUGACACUGAACUUUGGCGUGUGCAACAGUUAAACAUCUUGCGCCGAUUUUUCCACUUUUCAGCUUUUUUUCCAGUGCUGAUUUGGCCUACACGUAAAACACGACCUAUUUUACAUUUAGAACAGAGCUUCAUACAGCUCAUUCCCUGGGUAUUUCUGUUCCUGAACCACAAGUGUCCUACUUGUGUACUGAGCCACCAGGCUUUCCUGGCUUGAAUUUUCCAAUCGUGAACAGGACAUGUCAAUCACUUACCAUACAGAGCAGUAUUGCAUGAAAUUACCUCUGUCUUAUAUAUGUGUGUAGUUCUGUUUUUAAUAUAAUCUUGAUGGUUUGAAAGUGAUUUUAUAAAUGUACAUGAAGUGUUAUAAUAAAUAUUUUUCUUGUAAAACCAAAA